CGGACGCUCGUUCGUUGUAGACAAUCACCAAGCGGCCUUCACAGGAGGACUGGUCCAGGUUCCGGCACCACUCUCGCCGAGUGAAGAGUCUGCAAGUGCGUUAUGAAGGCAAUACUCCGUAUGCCAUCGACCAUGCGGCUUUCAAGAUGCUCCGUCAAUAUCAUCCAGGGCCUCUUCUGCCGAACUUGCAGAACCUGUGUUGGUCUAGCUACCAGCUGGCCCCUUUCGCGACCUUACUCAUCACGUCUUCCUUGUCGUCGCUUGUUUUCGAACCUGUGGAGGAAGAAGCCGUACGCGCGGUCUUGGCAAAAGUGAGGAGACAAGCCAGUGGGCUCCAGCUCCUCGCUUUCCCCGAGGCAGAGCUUGACGUUUUAGCGUCUCUCGAAGAAGAUAUCUCGAUUACGAUCUGCUCUUUGACGAAUCUCACCACCCUCGACUUCAACUAUGCUCAUUUGAUCCCUGACGCCUUCAUUCACCUCUCCCGCCUUCCCGAGCUGACUUCCUUUUCCGUCUCUCUGACAAAUCGCAAUGGCGAUUGCUGGAAAUCCGCUGAAUGGGGUGGGUUCCCAGCGUUGGAGACGCUAGAUAUCUCAUCCUUAGAGCUUCUUGACGACAUGUCGUAUCCGCCAGGCUUCCUGAACUCCAUUAGCGUCGCCAGGCUAACUGAAUUAACAAUGAUUUCCGAUGUACCAGCACACAUUGACGACGUGGCCGAGCUCUUCUCCUCCCUCGGUCAAUUUUCGAAACUCAAACGACUCACACUCAUGUUCUACGACGAAGACGCCGACUGGGGUGAUCAACGCCUUCGCGGCAGCGCGCUCUUGCCUCUCACCAAUCUCCGCUCCAUGGCGGACUUCUGCAUAGAGUAUCUGCCCAUCGAAAUUACUAGCGCCGAAGUGCGCAAACUGGCGGAAAGCUGGCCGCACCUGCAAUGUUUUACCCUCCUUCCGACUCUUGACCUGUCGUACUCGCACCUCCAACUCGAAGAUCUCGCGCUGUUCGCGAAACACUGCCUGGACAUCGAGUAUCUCAAUGUUGAGCUCGAGUCACCUCCAGCCGGCUGGAGAUAUGCGCCGAACGAUGACCGCCCCAUCUCCAACCUACCUCGCCUGUGCCUCAGCAGGUCGCAUAUAUCAGCGUCCGUGAUACAACCUGUCGCAGAGUUCCUUGCGGACACUUUCCCGUUCGCGAAGGUGUUUCACCACCUGCCGGGGUGGCGCCAUACCCCAGAGGACGAAGAGGCAGCCAGGGUCCUGAACAAGAUCUGGGAGUUGAAGAAGCGCUUGAACUAUCCACUUAUCAAGCGGCUGCGCCGGGAACGGAAAAGGGAGAAGAAGAGGAAGAAUCGUCAGGCAAAGGAGACCGCGGCGGAGUAGUGGGGCUGUUUAAGGUAGCCUUGCCAGAUGCUCGAAUUCACAUAUCCACGAUUGGACACACUGCUAUCGCUGAUCUGCGUGCAUAUGGUUGACACACCCGUGUGUCGAUUUUUUGUAGAGUUUCGGCGAAUGUAGCUACAUCAUAUGCGGUCUAUGCCACCCGCUCGCCUCCUGACACACCUGCACUCCGUUAUCUGUAGGCUAUCAGAGAAAGUAUGA